AAUGAACCCAAAUCCUCCACCAGUCAUCGUAUUAUAUAAAUAGAGUCUCAAUGUAAUUAAGGAUAUUUUACAUAAAAGGAUCCAGACAAAAAGAAUUAUAGCAAGUUAUGGUAGUAAGAACCAAUUGAAGUGAAAGAAGUAAUUAAAUGAUUAUGAUUAGUUAAUAGUUUUUUUCCAAUUUAUUUCAGGCAUUGAAAUAUUCAAAAGAUGGAAUGACACAUACAAUUUUUGAAUUGGAAACAAGUGAUUCUUUAUCUGAGAUUUCAGAAAUAGAUUGGAAAAAUUAAGGAUUUAUUAGUGAAUAAAGUAAUUCUAUGUAAGAAUUACUAAAUAUUCUGGAAAUAGAGAAAAUAUCAUUUUAAUCGGCAUUUUUGGAAAACAAUUCAAUAAAUGCAAUUGCGUAUAUAUAUUUAAUAGAUAAUCUUAUUAUUUAGAUAAUUAUGUGAGAGAAUGAAAACUCUUAAUAUCAAUUAAGAAUUGAGUCAUAGAAUAAAUGAUAGCUUUCUCAAAAUUUCCAAACUUCGUAGAUGAA